GACGCUGCCCGUUUCCAGCUCUAUCAAAAUUUCCUUUCAUUUGUAUUUCCUUUAUUAUUUCUUUUCCUCAUCCUCUGCCCUCUUGACAAUUGUACGGUCACGGGUCGCAUAUUCCUCCGCACCCAUCCAUCUCAAAAAACGACGACCGUCCAUCAAAAGAAAAGCGAUUCUUCGUUAAUUGUUGAGAUAUGGCUGGGACGUGCACCCCCGGUGGCGGCGCUGCUGGUGGAGGAGCCGGUGAGAUCAUGCUGUUUGGUGUCAGAGUGGUGGUUGAUUCUAUGAGGAAAAGUGUCAGUUUGAACAACUUGUCGCAGUACGAGCAGCCUCCAGAGUUGAAUAAAUCUAACAGUAGUAAGGAUGGAAGCACUAAUAAUAACAAUAACAGCAGCAGCAGGGAGGAUGUGGCUGCUGCUGCUGGUUACGCAUCUGCAGAGGAUGCCGCUCCUCACUCUUCCGGUAGUCGCGGCGAGCGCAAGCGAGGAGUUCCAUGGACAGAGGAGGAGCACAAGCUGUUCCUUUUAGGAUUGCAGAAAGUAGGGAAAGGAGAUUGGAGAGGAAUUUCUCGCAAUUUUGUCAAGACUCGAACUCCAACGCAGGUCGCAAGCCAUGCUCAAAAGUAUUUUCUUCGCCGAAGUAAUCUCAAUCGCCGCCGACGCCGAUCUAGCCUCUUUGAUAUCACCACUGAUGCGGUAUCGGCAUUUCCAGUGGAGGAAGAUCAAGCUCAUUGUCAAGACAACAAGAAAAAACCACCUCAAUUGCAUCCAUUGCCACCUCCUCCGCUACCUGAAAUGAGCAAUGUCAACAAUUUCGAUAUGAUGCCGGCUUUCCCUAUGAUCACCAAUCCUGUUGUAUUGCCUGUCCCAAUUGAGAGUCCAAUGGAAAACUUUUCAAUGGGACAGGGCAAUCCGGCCACUAACCCCUCAGCAAAUCUCAUCCGACCAAUUCCUGUCCUCCUAACCCCUCAUACUUCUGAAAUAUCUGAUUUUAACUUAAAUUUGAAGUCAACCGUGGACCUGCCGCCGUUGUCACUCAAGCUGUCUUUACUCUCUGAUCAGAGGGAAUCAUCACCAAGGCCUUCAGCAUUUCAGGUGAUGCCGAGCUCCAACAAUGGAGAUAGCAUCAUCAGUGUUGCUUAAGCAUAAUAACGUUGCAAAUGUGGAGGCGAGUGCAUUGGUUAGAUGGUAUGAAUUAGAGAAGAUAAAAAGUAAAUUAGAUGAGUGGAAAAUUAAUCCUUUCUUUCAUGUACAGACCAGAAAUGGAAUUGCCAUCUCAUUUCUUGUUGGUUAAUGCUAUUAAGUUAGGUUCUUGUUCUUUUCUUUGUAAUUUGAUAUGGCUGGAAAAAAAUAAGUCCAAGUACUCUGUUUA